GUGCAAUUAAAACCCCUAGAGAGUUACGCCCGUCUUCCAACAGCAGUGUACGAGUAGGUAGAUAGCGAUAUAUAUAGAAUCACUUUACUAUCCAUUUCAGAAUCAUCUUCGUUCAUUGAAAUCUUACCGAUCUUCGCAACCUCGAAUUGCCUACCAUCUACUUCGUUGAGAACGAUCAAUUCAAUCACAUACAAGUUAUUGUAACAUUCAAAUUCACAAUGGAUCAUUCGCAUAUGGAUCACAGCAUGCACGAUAUGGGAAUGGAUAUGGGAGGAGAUAGAUGUAACAUGAACAUGCUCUUCACCUGGGACACCAAUAACCUCUGUAUAAUAUUCCGCUGGUGGCACAUCCGGUCCACCUUCUCCCUCCUCAUUUCGCUCGUUGGCGUCGUCGCCAUCACCGCCGGAUACGAAGGCAUUCGCUCCCUAACCCGUCGCUAUGAAUCCUGGGUCGACAGACAACAGGGCUCUAUAACCCUGGAUGACGUUACUGAAAAUACGCCUUUUCUCUGGGCAGGACGCAAUCAAGAAGAAGUAGGUCAGAGAGCACAUGUUAUUAAAGCUGCGCUAUAUGCUUUCCAGUAUUUUUACGCAUUUAUGUUGAUGUUGCUUUUCAUGACAUAUAAUGGAUGGGUUAUGAUUGCAGUAGGAGUUGGUGCGUUUGUGGGUUUCUUGAUAUUUGGAAAGAAUACUUCGGCUGCGAAAGAGACGGCAUGUCAUUGAGAGUUUAAAUUAUGGAGUCAAGGGAAUGAGUGUUCUGGAGGAGGAUGGGUUUGGUGUCGGGGAGAGACAGGGCGAGCGUCUGAGAGAGAAGAACAACAGGUUGAAGACAUGGAUCUUUGGGAGACAAGCGUCGAAUAAUCGAGUCAAGCAAGACUUGUUUUGUUUUGAGAAUGCCAAAUACCCAGCAUGGUUUACGUGAUCUCAGGCCACUAUUCAUGGAUUUAUCACAUUUGAGCACAGCCGUUCAUAUAGAGAUAUAUACGGGGGUGGUGUCAUGCUUUACAUGCUUCAAUCUCUGUUUAUCAAUACAGACUUCUAUUAGAGUUGCUUGAUCAUUUUUGUGCAGUGCAGAUAUCUCUAUCAUGCGAUUUUAAUC